CACCUUCAAUAUUUAGAUGUUGCCCUUUGGCAUAAACGGAUAUUUGUCCCAUUGUCACUUCCUGGUGUACCAUUCAUUUCUGUCCUCAAAAUGGCGAACGUAGGUGCUGUUGCGGCUGUUGCCGCGAGUAGGGACCCAGCUGUUGACCGUUCAUUACGAUCAGUAUUUGUGGGGAACAUUCCAUAUGAAGCUACAGAAGAACAGCUGAAAGACAUAUUUUCUGAAGUCGGACUUGUUGUCAGUUUCAGGCUAGUAUAUGACAGGGAAACAGGAAAGCCAAAGGGAUAUGGCUUCUGUGAAUAUCAAGACCAGGAGACGGCUCUUAGUGCAAUGCGAAACCUAAAUGGGAGAGAGUUCAGUGGUCGGGCUCUUCGUGUUGACAAUGCAGCCAGUGAGAAAAACAAGGAAGAACUUAAAAGUUUGGGAACAGGAGCCCCCAUUAUUGAGUCUCCCUAUGGAGAUAAUGUUCAGCCAGAGGAAGCCCCAGAGUCCAUCAGCAGAGCUGUGGCCAGCCUGCCACCAGAGCAGAUGUUUGAACUUAUGAAACAGAUGAAGUUGUGUGUGCAAAACAGUCCCCAGGAGGCGAGGAACAUGCUGCUGCAGAACCCUCAGCUGGCCUAUGCUCUGCUCCAGGCCCAAGUGGUCAUGCGGAUUGUUGACCCUGAGAUAGCCUUGAAAAUGCUCCAUCGUCAAAUGACGGUCCAGCCUCUGAUUCCCAGUGGGCAGGGUGGAGGAGCACCACCGGUCAAUCCACCUCCUGCACAGUCCAGUGUGCCUGUGUCUCAGCCGCAGCCUGUGCCUGGAAUGCAUGUCAAUGGAGCUCCGCAGAUGAUGCAGCCCCCCAACAUGGGUGUUGUCCCUGGUCCAAUGCCUGGACCUGGACCAGGACCUGGACCAGUGGGACCUCCAGGAAAUCUUCAGCAUUCUCCCACAGGAUCAUCUGGGCAAGCUGCUAUCGAUCGACCUCAAGGCCCAGGUGGAAUCCCACCCAGAGGCCUGCUGGGAGAUGGCCCUAAUGACCCCAGAGGAGGAACUCUGCUGUCUGUCACUGGAGAGGUCAUCGACCCAAACCGGCCUUACAUGGCAGCUCCGCCACCUCACCAAGCCCCACCCGUACACAUGGCCCAAAUGGCAAGUGGACCCCCUCCAGAUAUGAGAGUGCCCCCAAUGGACAUAAGAGCCGCACCCAUGGUUGAACCACGAAGCAUGAUGGGAGACCCCAGAGGGCCCCCGAUGAUGGAGCCACGGGCACCUCCAAUGGAAGCCAGAGGUCGUGACCCAAGGGCGAUGGACGCCCGUGGACCUGUGAAUGCGCAGAGGGUUCCCAUGGGAGCAAUGCAAGGCCCUAUUCCUCACAAUAUGGGUCCAAACGCUCCUCCACCUGCAAGACCGGGUCCUGGUAUUUCUGGUGUUCCUCCAUCAGGAGGAGGCUUCAGCCCGGGGCAGAGCCAGGUCUCCACACAGGACCAGGAGAAGGCUGCCCUAAUCAUGCAAGUCCUGCAGCUGACCCCAGAACAGAUUGCCAUGUUGCCCCCGGAGCAGAGGCAGAGCAUCCUUAUCCUCAAAGAGCAGAUUCAGAAGACUGCGAGUGGGGCACCCUGAAGGUCUGACUGAGGGGAAAACGCCAAAAAGCAGAGGACUCAAAGACGCCGUCACCUUCAGCUUGAACCAGUCUGAAGACGUCUCAUCAUAGUUUAGGAUAUUGUAUAGUUAUGUAAAUCAUAGUCUGUUUUCUUGUGGAUUCAAACUUGAGCAAAAACAUUGAGAGGAUGAUGGUGUUGAACAGAGAUAAAGGCCGGUGCUGGAAUGUCAUGAGAUUUCACUUGUUUUCUCCUAAUGACAACCGUUUUUAUGUUACCAGCUCUGGAAACUUUGGAUAUUGUUUUGUCAAUAAAAACAAAAGCCAUUGA